UGUUGCAUCGCGCGAGCCCGUGGCCAACGGACGGAAUGUCAAAAAUUUGAAAAUGGAAUAGUUUGGAAGUGGUGCAGCGCGGCACGGAACCGGCGGCUCGCUUCGAUGUUUUCGCGAUUAUCAACUUUAAAGACUAAUUUAGUGUUGUGUGUUUAGGUUAAGCUGCGAGUGUUUGAAGUUAGAUAAUAAUUAAUAGUUGAAGGAUAAUUUUGUAGUAUUUAUAUUAGAUGAUACGUGUUUGGUAGGCUGUAUUGGUAGCUGUCUUGGCACACGUUUGAUUGCAGUGUCCGCCGCGGUCUUAUUGAAGUGCCAGUAGGUAUAACCUUGACACGUUUUCCCGCGCUAGCGCCCCAACCUUGUUUUCAGUUGCACUCUCUCUUGACAUUUACCGCAAAAAGCGAGUACUCUUUUACUAAUUAGAGACGUCUAAGUUUAGUGAAAUAUUCUAGUAGACAUUUUCAUUUACUUGCGUAAAAUAAUAUAGAAGUUGUCAGGAAGUUUAUGAAUGAACCAUGAUGUGUGUUCGCGGAAGUUGUAAAGUCGUAAAGUUUCAAUUCAUACUAAACUGAAAAUUAAAUUUCACGUAACAUUAAUGAAGUUUGUAAACAUGGAGCCCUUGUGACCACUUCAGUGACGAGUUACGUGGCGCUAUCAAAAUGAAAAUUUUAAAAGGGUCGGACAACAUCGCUAAAGCAAUUGGUAUUCUCAUUUGCCUUCACCUAACAGAGUGUGAUGUAGUCACAGAAAAGCCGAGAAAGGAUGCGAAAAUAUAUAUGAGAGACAGUCCCCUGUCGAAUGAAAUACCGGAGCCCGAACUCCUGCCGGUGUUGCACGGAAACGACACCAGAUGUCGCAUAUCGGAGUAUAUGUGUGUGAAUAAAAAAUGUAUACCGAUAAACAGAUUCUGUGAUGGAACCAACGACUGUGGAGACGCGUCCGACGAGCCGAGGCAUUGCACGCGUUGCAACAAAACUUACUACGGUGAUAUUGGGCGAACUUAUGAGUUGGAGUUGCACAGACCUCGUGAGGACCUGGUACCUUACGUUUGUCUCCUGACGAUAGCUGCUGCGGGCGGCAUCCACGGUGACUUAGUGCAGGUAUUAUUCGACAGUUUUACCCUCGGUCGCUUCACAUCUUUCACUGAAGAUGGAUGUCCAGAUGGCUACAUGCAGAUACAAGAAGCAAGUCGGCCGCAAGUCGGUGGUUCCUGGUGCGGCACCUCUUGGGGACCGUCCAUAUACUACAGCGAAACCAAAUCUAUCACCCUCAUCAUAAGACUUCUUCAUCUCUCCAAGGAACAGAACAAUUAUAAUUUUGAUUUUCGCAUGGCAUACAAAGUCUUGAGGAAAGAGCACGCCACCGUACGUUAUGGUGGUACACCACCUUCAGAACGACCCUUUUUCAAACUCAGACCAAUACCGCUCCCUGUAAACAUAUCACGCGGCGAAGAUACGAACAUCGGAAGGACGACAAAAAGUCCCGAGUAUUACCUUGGGGAUUUGAUCUCCGGGACUUAUUGCUCCCGGAUAUUCAGCGACUGCGAUCGUAAAAACUGUAGGUUACAGUCGCCGAAUUUCCCCGGCGUUUAUCCGAGGAAUCUGACCUGUUAUUAUGCGGUGCGACAACACGAGGUGCCGCAAGGCAAGCACGCCCUGAUCGUAGUCAAGCAGCCGAACGGUCAACUAGUUUCGAUCAGGAGCCAAAAGGCAUUAUACGCCGCGCAACAAGAGCAUGGAAACAAUGGCAGGGAAUUGAAAUUUUGGCAGCAGUGCGACGAAGUUCAAGACUAUGUAACAGUUUACGACGGUUACACGACUAGAGACCCGGUUAUUUUGAGGUUUUGCGGUGGAGGCGUGGCCGUGCCCGAAGCUGUUUCGAGUGGUCCCGAAUUGCUGGUCGAGUUUACCACAUCACCAUUUGGUACUUUUUUACAACCAGCAACAUCGCAAUCGUUACACGGGUUCCAACUUGAGGUCGAGGUCAGAUUCGUCGAUCAGCAAUCACCGACAUACGCAAAGAACAAAAGGGCCUGCGAGUUCUGGAUUAGAGGGACCGGCAGGGGAGUCCUAGAGCAUCCUCAGCAUUCCUUACCUCCAAAUACCACGUGCCUUUAUCAUAUGCAAGGAAUUGAUACUUCUGGACCUUCGGGAAGGAAUAUAAUUUACAGAAGACCUUCGUUUUCUGCCCCGAGGUUCAGAGUCUGGUUUUCUGUAUUGAAGUUUUAUGUGACUAAUGCUUUGAAUCCCAACUUACCCGAGGAUGAGUACUGUGGCAGCCAUUUGAAUAUUUGGGACGGUCCGAUGAGGAUAUCGCCUGGAUGCAGUGAUAUCUUUUGUGAUAAAGAACGUUCAGUGCAAAUGUCGAGAGCAACGUCUCCGCAAUCUGUGAUAGUCGGUCGUCCGCCAACAAACGCCACGCUCAUAGCAAGGUUUUGUCGCGAGAGAGCACCGCGUACGUGUGAACAUGCCUUAUUGAAAAAAUCGAGAGCGUGUGCGAAAACUGAAAGUUUUCUGUCCAAGGGAGAUUCGUUGACUUUGGAGUUAAAGUUGACUCAAGGAACUGCUCUAAAGCCAGUAUUCUUCAAAGCCCUAUACGAAUUUGUGGACCUUCAUCAAGACGGCGAGCCUUGGGGUCGAGGCUCGUGUUCUAGAAGAUUCCAGUCGCGUUCCUUUCCAGAAGCUCCGCCAGAUCCACCUAUCAAUUUCUCUUCUCCGCGAGAUGUAUUUUUGUAUGGUAGAGGAGGUACAAGGAAUAUAAGCUGCACAUAUCGUUUUGAAGCUAAUAAGGGUGAAGUGGUCCGACUAAGGGUGUGGGGCGUUCGCAGCGGGGGCAGGCUGUGUCGUUCGGUCCACUCUGCUCACUCUCCUUGGUACCGCUGUGCUGGCGACCCUACUGCUGCUGUCAGGAUCUUUGAUAGACCCUGGAACAAUCUGGGAUCUGGUGUGCCGAGAGAUUGUUUAUGCAGUGAUGUAGGCGACUACGAAUUCAUCUCAGUAUCAACGGUAGCUGAAUUGAAAUUCGAUGUGGUCAACAUGUCUGCGUCAGACGACUUUCGUUCUUUCGGCUUCGAAGCUUCAGUAGAGUUCAUCAGAUUCGAAGUACCAUGCGAGAGUUCACACAGAGUAUUCGGACCCAGUGGAGAUUUGAAAUUAGUGUCAUCGCCAAAGUCUGAUUCAGACCGUUGUGAACGUCGACCAUGGUUAAUAGAUCCCUCUCCGGGAAGGUAUCUGUACCUUCAAAUCCGGGGCAGCAUCAUCAAAGAACCAGUGUUGGACAACUUCACAUUACUCAAUAAUAUUACAGUAGCGCCUGAUCUAAGGCAUUUGUGUAAAACAACUAAUCGAAUAGCAGUCUACGCUGGGGGAUUGGAACCGAUUUUUAUAUGUCCAGACCCUCCAGAACAGGUUGACGAAGAUAUGGUAGAAGUGUUUUCUGAAGGUUGGACGAAGGACGUGGAUCUUUUGGCUCGCCACGUGUUGUCGCCUGCGCCGGCGGCGGAUCGCUUCGAUCUGGAUCGGCCUCGGUCUUUAUCCGUAGAGCUCAUCGCUGCUGAGAGAGGCUCCUAUUAUGUCUCUUGGCUGGAACUUUCUAGAAGUUCGCCGAGCGUGCGCGGCGGCGUGUUCGCGCUGUCGGGCGCGUGCGCGCACCGCUGCGCGUCGCUGGACGCGUGCAUCGCGGAGGCGCUGUGGUGCGACGGCGUGGCGCACUGCCCGCUGGCGGACGACGAGCGCCUGGCGCAGUGCUCGCCGCUGCUGCGCGUGCCGCCGCACUACGCCGCCGCGCUCAUCGCCAUCGCCGCGCUCGCUGCGCUUGCGCUGAUAGCAGCAGCGCGGUCGUGCCGACGACGUCGCUCAGCUCUGCAGCAGCGGCUGAAAAGCCUCUCCUCGGACACGGCCAUAUUCGACGAGAAAGAAGUGAUUUGCUGACCAAGCGAGGACUCUGUGCGGUACGUGGAGAUAGACCGCGUCACCACCGUGUGACGGGCUUCGCACAGAGUCCUUGUUCUAACCAAACGGAUAUAUCCGACAAACAUUAGCGAAGUUCGACCAAACGUUGGUCGACUGUUGGCUCAGGGUCGACUCGACCGGGGAGAUACGUUGAAAGCGAAAUAGAUUGAUAGAUAAUUCCAAUGUCGAUGUAAAUAAUUGUACGAAUUAGGUGAUUUAGAUCGGUGUGUGUUUUGGACCAAGUGCAGUCGAUCGGUGGCCGAAUGGUCAGCGCGAUCCUAGCUUCAUGUUUGAUCAAACAGGUGCUGUUUUUCUGCAUUUUCUGAAAUUAUUCUUUAAUGAUUUAAGUAUUUAUUUGUUUUAAGUUGUCCAGUAUUAUUUUUAAAUUAACCGAGUAUGUAUGUAAAUAUAAUGAAGACGAAAUGAAAUAAAUAGCGCACAAUUAGUAUGUCUGUUGCGCCGCGCCGGUCGACUGAAGGCACAUUUCAGUCGACUUCGACUUGAAGUAUGUUGUAAAUAAAAUUUGGUAGUUUCUAUUAAUUAAAAAUAAUAAGCAUUAGUCGAUAUUCGCGGCAAUAAUUUUCCUUUUUAAAUUCGUAUAAAGAAAUGUUGAAUCUGUGUUCUAAUUGUUAAUAUUAGAUUCGUAUACGUGAUAUGGAUACUGCCAUUUUUGUAAGGAUGUUCACGAAAAAUUAAAAUUAUAUGAAAUAAAAUAUUCUACUUCUUGUGCUUUAAUGGGAUGGGCAAGAUUAUACUAAUAUUUAUAAGAUAAAAAAAAUUAUAACAACAGCUAUCGAUUUAUGAAGAUCGAUUAAAAAUAUAUCUCAUAUUGCCCGUUAAACAUU